AUGUGGGCCAGCAAGCAACUAGAAGCGUCCAGUGUCGACACUACCGGUCCACUUACGAAAUUCGUUCAUUCUUUCACAACCGUGAUUCCCAAAUCGGGGAGCACGUUUUGGAGGCUGCAGUUGUAUAAGUGCGAACAUGGACUUGACAGUCAUAUAGAGUCGCUUGGUCUGCCAGCAUUCCUUGGGAUCACAAGGCGGCGUGGCGACGAGGAGAACGGCGAGAGGCAAGAUUGGCCAGGAGAUAUCGGCAAGUUGAGAACAAUGAGGACACUCGGUCUUGCGUUGAUGUUCCACAAGUGGAAAUGCUUCGAAUACAGGAUCUUUCAGGAGCUCUCGUACAUUACAACCCCGAUUAUGAAACACUUCUCCAACGCGCUCUUUUACCGAGACUUUGCCUCGAGAUAA